UGUAAAUUGGGGAGAUUUUAUAUAUAUCUAGGUCAAUAUCGGAUAAGGCCUGAUGCAGUCUAUUGAGUUUAGAUGAUAUGGUUGUUAAUAAUUAUUCACUUUCAUGAGAAAUUAUGUAAUUACUGUUUGGCUACUUUAUUAUUUUAGAAAGCUUUGAAAACUUUACCAUUAUGGGAGAGCAUUAUUAUUCAAAAGCAAAUAGUUGGGAAUUGAAAUUCCCUUCCACCUCACUUUUAAGAAAACUAUAUAUCCACUUUGCAUUUUUUUAUCGGGCUGUGCUCCUACUCGUGUUACACACUAUGUUUAUGGUGCAGUUUCCUUACAAAUUGAGGGACAUUUAUAGAUUAGGUAUUGUUGAGUUUAAUCCAACACGAUAUAGUAAAUAUACGUAUAAAUGUGUAUGAACAAGCCAUUUUUACGUGGAAACCCGAAAGGGAGAAAACCACGGGACUUUUUAGGCUAAUGUCCAAGCCCUCUCAAUUCUCAUUAGGCUCUCCUCACCAUUACAUUAUACAAGCUUGAAGCUCCCAUUAAUGGAGUAUUUGAGCUAUUCUAGAGGAAGAAGGAAGAAGGAAGCUAAAAAAGAGCCUCCUCAAUAUGGAGGGAAGCUCCCAUAUUUAUAGAGAAUAGGGGGAGGGGAUGCUCUCCACCCUAACGGGCCGCGUGGGCCGAAGCGGGCCGAAAUGGCUAGAGUGGGCCGGAUGGGCCGAAAUGGGCCUAGCUGCUCGGGCUCCGUAGUGAGUAAUGUCCUGGGCUCCUGAACAGUAAUAGGCCGGGAUAAUAUAUCCCAACACAAGUCCCCCAGUUUCUUGAGUAGUGAGCUCGCGAAUCUGCUCGAGAAAAUAUAUUCUGCCUGCGCUCUUCCUCUGUCUUGCUGGAAACUGUGUCUUCACAUAAUCAUCAUAUAUGAGUGAGUGUCUGCACUCCUGAAUGUAAUCUACCAGUGAGGCACCCCCCUUCUUGACAGGGUCGGGCGAAGGGUGCUCCUCCACGGGCACACUCCCCCUGAAUGCAUCAGGCGGGAGUAAAGAACUCUGACUCGAGCUUUCCAAUCGGAGAAGCUUAGAGGUCCAUCAUCUAUAAACCGACGUCGCGGUACUGUCAAAACAUGAUGCACGUGUGUAUGUAUGGAUGUAUGAGGUAUGAUGCAUGAAUGUAUGUAUGCAUGUAAUGUAUGUAUGUAAUGUAUGAGAGAGGGAAUGCAAGAUGUGAUAGAAGCAGUAGCUCUCAUCGAUAACCCGGGCAUGUCAGCGCCGAGAAGCAGACGCGCUGCGUAAGACGGGUCCCCCAUCCGAGAUGGCAUGGGCGGAGCCGAAGGUGGACUAGACAUGAUGCCGCCGAGGGGCCAAUCAUGCUGCAUACGACGAGUCCCCCAUCCGAGAUGGCAUGGGCGGAGCCGGAGGUGAACUAGGCAUGAUGCCGCCGAGGGGCCAAUCGAGCUGUAUAAGAGAUGUUCGUCGCCAUCCUGGAAGGGAUGGGCGAGCCGAACACGAGCCAGACACGAUGGUGCUGGGGCGCUGAUCGUGCUGCAUAUGAGACGUUCGUCGCCAUCCUGGAGGGGAUGCAUGAUCCGAACGUGAAAGAGACAUGAUGGCGCUGAGGGGCCGAUCGUGCUGCAUAAGACGGUCGUCGCCAUCCUGAAGGGAAUGUGCGAGCCGAACCGUGAAGCCAGGUACGAUGGCGCUGAUGGGCCGAUCGCACUGCAUAAGACGUUCGUCGCCAUCCUGGAAGAGAUGCGCGAUCCGAACGUGAAAGAGACACGAUGGCGCUGAGGGGCCGAUCGUGCUGCAUAAGACGGUCGUCGCCAUCCCGGAGGGAAUGUGCGAGCCGAACCGUGAAGCCAGGUACGAUGGCGCUGAGGGGCCGAUCGCACUGCAUAAGACGUUCGUCGCCAUCCUGGAAGAGAUGCGCGAUCCGAACCGUGAAUCAGGACACGAUGGCGCUGAGGGGCCGAUCGUGAUGCAUAAGACGUUCGUCGCCACCCUGGAAGGGAUGGACGAGCCGAACGUGAGCUGGGUACGAUGGCGCUGAGGGGCCGAUCGUACUGCAUAAGACGGUCGUCGCCAUCCUGGAGGGAAAUGGGCGAUCCGAACCGUGAAUCAGGACACGAUGGCGCUGAGGGGGCCGAUCGUGAUGCAUAAGACGUUCGUCGCCACCCUGGAAGGGAUGGACGAGCCGAACGUGAGCUGGGUACGAUGGCGCUGAGGGGCCGAUCGUACUGCAUAAGACGGUCGUCGCCAUCCUGGAGGGAAAUGGGCGAUCCGAACCGUGAAUCAGGACACGAUGGCGCUGAGGGGCCGAUCGUGAUGCAUAAGACGUUCGUCGCCACCCUGGAAGGGAUGGACGAGCCGAACGUGAGCUGGGUACGAUGGCGCUGAGGGGCCGAUCGUACUGCAUAAGACGGUCGUCGCCAUCCUGGAGGGAAAUGGGCGAUCCGAACCGUGAAUCAGGACACGAUGGCGCUGAGGGGCCGAUCGUGAUGCAUAAAAAUAGUGAUGAUCAUCUCAUGGCCCUCGGCCUCUCGCGGCCCUCGGCCGUGCUGGUGAUGUGUCAAGUCUCUCUCCUGAUUGGCUGUGAGAAACCGAUCGUCUGCCGGACUCCAUCCGGGAAGGAAUGGUGAGCCUGAAAAUAAAUCUGGGCAAUGUCUCUCUUGUCUGAGCUGGGGAGCUAAUCGUCGUUCGUCUACCGUAUCCGUGGUUCUAUGUACGGACCGCUAAGCGGUGUACACUCGGCACGCACAGACUCCGAUAAAGAACUGGUUCUUCGUGUCUGAUCCAUGGAGCUGGUCUUCGUUCGUCUACCGUAUCCGUGGUCCUAUGUACGGACCGCUAAGCAGUGUACACUCGGCACGCACAGACUCCGGUAAAGAGCUGGUCCAUCGUGUCUGAUCCAUGGAGCUGGUCUUCGUUCGUCUACCGUAUCCGUGGUCCUAUGUACGGACCGCUAAGCAGUGUACACUCGGCAUGCACAGACUCCGGUAGAGAACUGGUUCUUCGUUCUUCCCAAGUCUCGUGAGUACUGGUCUCCUGGUUUCGCAGGAGACGUUCGUCAUCCCAACUAUGAGAAGGAACAGGUUUAUCCACGUCGGGAUUCCCUAUUCUUCGUUCGUCCUUGUCGCGGUCCUACUAAUCUUCUUACUUCGAAGAAGACGUUCGGUCAACCAACGAUCGCAAGGAGGAACAGGUGUAUCCACGUCGGGAUUCCCUAUUCUUCGUUCGUCCUUGUCGCGGUCCUACUAAUCUUCUUACUUCGAAGAAGACGUUCGGUCAACCAACGAUCGCAAGGAGGAACAGGUGUAUCCACGUCGGGAUUCCCUAUUCUUCGUUCGUCCUUGUCGCGGUCCUACUAAUCUUCUUACUUCGAAGAAGACGUUCGGUCAACCAACGAUCGCAAGGAGGAACAGGUGUAUCCACGUCGGGAUUCCCUGCUUCGUCGUCCCAUGCUCGUGGCCCUACUAGCCUUCUGCUUUUGCAGAAGGUGUUCAUCGAUCCACGGGAAAUGGGAGGAACUGGUUUAUCUUGCCGAGGUUCCCUUUGGUACGUCCAGCCUCCCCCACGUUCCUACUAACCUCCGCGUCGGGAGACGUUCGUCACGUGGUGAAGGAAGAUCAGGCAUACCUCGUCAAGACUCCCUCUCUCAUAGGAUCUCGUCUCCCCUUCUCCCCAUCUUUUUUUUUUUUUUUUUUUUUUUUUUUUUUUUUCCUUCUUUUUUUUUUUUUUUUUUUUUUUUUUUUUUUUUUGAGGGAGGAAAAUACGUUCGUCGGUUCCAAGAAUAACCACAAGUGAUGUCACACAUAAUGGUGGUGGGAUAUCAAAAUGAAUAGAAUGACGAGGCGAUGGAAAUGCUGGUCGUCAUGCGAAGGCGAUGGUCACCCUCCUGAAGGGAGGGGUGAGCCCAAUCGCUAACUCAAGAAGGUCGACAUUGGGAGCCGAUACACAAUGAUCAUAAUGUCGCUGAGCAGUCGGUCCUGAUAAUGGAGAUGGCAAUAGUGUCUAGUCAGGCCGAUAUAUCCGAGCAACGGCUCUCAUCCAACGCAGCGCGGGGAUGAAACCGGUCUUCAAAAGAUAAAUAUGUCGUGCCGAGAGGCCGAACAUAACAUGAUAGUGUCGGCAGUGAGAGGCCGACCUGAAAGAAUCAACAACGGUCCUCGUCCACGAGGUGGCGGGGAUGAGGCCGGUCUUCAAAAGAUAAGCACGCCGAGCCGAGAGGCCGGUCGUGGUAUAAUGAUGUCGGCAAUGAGAGGCCGAUAUGAAAGAAUCAAGCAACGGUCCUCAUCCGCGAAGAGCGGGGACGAGGCCGGUCUUCAAAUAUGAUAAUCACGCCGGUCCGAGAGGCCGGUCGUGAUAUAAUGAUGUCAGCGAUGAGAGGCCGACCUGAGAGUGAGCACACAACGGUCCUCACCCACGGGGAGCGGGGAUGAGGCCGAUCUUCAAAUAUGGAAAGCACGCCGAGCCGGGAGGCCGGUCGCGAUAUAAUGGUGUCGGCAAUGAGAGGCCGAUCUGACAGAAUCAAGCAACGGCCCUCAUCCACGAAGGGCGGGGACGAGGCCGGUCUUCAAAAGAUAAACACGCCGUGCCGAGAGGCCGGUCGUGGUAUGAUGAUGUCGGCGAUGAGAUGCCGAACAUGAUGUGGCAGUGUCGGCAAUGAGGGGCCGACCUGCAAUCCAGCAACGGCUCUCAUCCGCGCAGUGCGGGGACGAGGCCGGUCUUCAAAUAUGGAAAUCACGCCGUGCCGAGAGGCCGGUCGUGAUAUGGUGUUGUCGGCAAUGAGAGGCCGACCUGAAAAUCAGGAUGGUCUCACGGCCCUCGACCGUGAUGGUCUCCUCUAGGCCCUCGGCCUCUGAAUGAUGGAUGAUCGUCUCACGGUCCUCCGUCGUGGUAGUCCACUCUAGACCCUCAGCCUCUAGGUGUUCUCCCUAGGCCAUCGGUCUCUGGGGUGGAGAUGCCCGUCCCACGGUUCUCAACCGUGGUGGUCUCCUCUAGGCCCUCGGCCUCUAGGUGGAGAUGCUCGUCUCACGGUCCUCAGCCGUGAUGGUCUCCUCUUUAGCCGGCCCUGCACGUCUUCAAGAUUCGGGCCGAGCGUCUUCUAAUCAUUUCGCUCAAGCGCGUCGAGCGGCUUCGGCUGCGCAAUAAGCAUGGUAACGGGCCGCGCGGCCCGAUAAUAAAUAUGCACACAUAACCAUCUGCAUGGGUCAUCGUGGCUUCCCUCUAACACCCACGAUUACCGGCCUAUGGGUCAUCGUGACCCUCGGCCCGGCUCAUCGUGCGGGGUUAAUGGACGUAGCAGCUCGCGGCGGGGCCAAUUAGCAGCCCGCCGAACGUCACAUAGAAAUAUUCACCGGUCCGUGAGUUUUCAAACUCAGACCCAAGUUGGUCGCACUACCCUCGAAAAAUGAGGUUGAGCACUUCGGUGCCCUCGGGCCCCACAGGCCGCGUUUGGCACAGUCACUUCGCCUAGUGGCGCAGAUGGUACUAGGGUACGAUCGUCGCUCGGGCACUUGGUGCCGUGCGGACCAAUGCGUAACCCCCCAAUUAAAAUGCGUCGUCGGGGCAUCGCCCUUCUGGAGACGCUCGGAUCGCUUAAUCAAGCUGAUUGAGAGUGGGCCAUCGGGCCCCACAAAAAAUUAAAUAUUCGAUAAAAUAUUGGCCGAACUAACUAUCACUAGAGCUUCGCUCUGCAUUAUUUAUUUCGGGACAUUUUUAUCCCUAACAAAUAAUAGUGAUGUAACAGGCAAUAAUACCGAUAUUAUCCUAUCAUUGGUCAUUCAGAUGCGCUCCGUUCGCUAAUUAAAGCUGAUCAGGAGCGGGCCGACGGGCCCACAACAACCAGUCAUUAAAUUUAAAUGACGGUAAAAACUAAUUAUCACUUAGAGCAUCACUCUCAUUAUUUAAUUUCGGGAGUUUUAAUCCCUAAUAAAUAAUGGUGAUAAAAAUACUGGCAAUAUUUAAUCAUGCUGUAUUAUUCUAAUACUUCAAUAACUAGUAAAUUGGGUUAGUGGCACUUAGCUUUUGGAGAUCAAGCUUCGGCCAGCUGGGUUUGGAGAUAAAGCUUGGUCAAUUCUUCCAUCAAUUUUGACCCGGUCAACAUUAUUUUAAAAGUUUGCUCUUCAUUAUUUGGCCUCACUCCACGGACGUGGCUUGCCUCAGACCAAGGCAUCGUGUGCGGAGUACAUCUUUUAGGAAAAGGCAGGUGGAGCACCAUCCUACCAAACCAGGUGCAGGCCGUUCGUGUCGGUCACUUCUCGCGAGUGGAGACGGCGGUCGCAGCCGAGCAAGGCGGCCCGAACAGAUUUUAUCCGGCGGAAGCUCGACCGAACUACUGAACGUCCUUAUUCUGAGCUCGAAAAACACCAUUAAUGGCAGAAUCAUGAAGCUCUCGACCGGCAUACCCCACAUGUCGCGUCGGCCGAGUCGUGGAAGCUCGAACGGCGACCGGGUGGGGGGAGUAACCAGCAGUAGGUCGGUGAUGGCGACGGUGGUGUGGUGAUGCUUUGGCGGCGACGAUGCUCCGGCGGCGGCAGCAAAACAGAGCAAGAUCCGGACAACCCAGAUCUUCCAAAAUCCUCGUUUUUCCUCUUCCUCCCGUUCAAAUCAGUCAUUUUUCCUUCUUUUUCGCUGGAAUCAAUCCACUCCAUAUGAAUUUUUCGCAGAAACUCAAGAACAGUAGAACACACGAAUCUUUUUGGACAGAUUCCCACAGACGGCGCCAGUGUUGAGUUUAAUCCAACACGAUAUAGUAAAUAUACGUAUAAAUGUGUAUGAACAAGCCAUUUUUACGUGGAAACCCGAAAGGGAGAAAACCACGGGACUUUUUAGGCUAAUGUCCAAGCCCUCUCAAUUCUCAUUAGGCUCUCCUCACCAUUACAUUAUACAAGCUUGAAGCUCCCAUUAAUGGAGUAUUUGAGCUAUUCUAGAGGAAGAAGGAAGAAGGAAGCUAAAAAAGAGCCUCCUCAAUAUGGAGGGAAGCUCCCAUAUUUAUAGAGAAUAGGGGGAGGGGAUGCUCUCCACCCUAACGGGCCGCGUGGGCCGAAGCGGGCCGAAAUGGCUAGAGUGGGCCGGAUGGGCCGAAAUGGGCCUAGCUGCUCGGGCUCCGUAGUGAGUAAUGUCCUGGGCUCCUGAACAGUAAUAGGCCGGGAUAAUAUAUCCCAACAGGUAUGUUAUCAAGUUUACAUAUAUGUAAUAAUCUCCUCAACUCAUAAAGUAUGAGUACUGUAGCAAAAAAAAAACAUUUUACAAGGGUGAACUGGAUUGCCUUGAUAUGAUAUAAGUCCAUCUUAAAUAAGAAGCUAACAUAUUUAAUAGAAUAUAUUUUAGGAAUAUUUGUUUCCUAAAAUAUAUUUAGGAAUAUUUGCUUUCCUUUUGUAUCUUGGACUCUCUCUUAUUUAUAUACAUGUCAGGACUCCUAUUGGAGUACCUUUCCCAUUAUUUUCACAUGGUAUCAGAGCCUAAGGAAAACCCUUUUUUUUCCUUCCUCUCAAACUUUCGCCGCAGCCAUGUCGCAGGCGCAGACCUCCAUGGCGCCGAUCCUAACCAGCGAAACCUCCCCUCUCUCUUCCGCUGAAACUACGCCAACAAUCAGUGCAAGCGACACCUUCUCUUCGUCGGUUGUCACUACUGCUGCUCUGGAUUCUUCUCAACCGAGUUCAGCAAGUGAUGCACGGUUCACCUCCAUACCGCUGCCUUCAUCGUUUUCCAUGGUGUCGGAUUUUCCUUCAUACUCCACCGAGCCUCAAUUUUCUCUGUUUAAUACCAUACCGCCACAAUUCCUGUGGCAGCAGGUUGGUCCGGGUCUACAUCCAGCAACUCCACGACAGCAACCCCAGGUUCCAUGGCAGCAACCCGGUCCAGUUCUCCCUCCGGUCACACCAACUCCGCAGUCAGUCAGUCAGCAAUCAAUACUACGGGCCAUCCUUCGCUGGUUCGCCGGGUGUCACUCGGCCUGCUCAUGACAAUCCCCUCUUUGGUUCUCCUAUGUCAGCACUGGCACAAUCUGUCUCACAUGGAAUUGCCAAUGUCUGUCAAAUUGUGACUAUUAAGCUUAAAGCGGUGGAAGAUUAUCUUACAUGGCGUACUCAGUUCGAGUCUUUCCUAGUGUCACAGGGUCUUUUUGGUAUGGUUGAUGGCACAAUUCAGGUACCUCCCAUGUAUACCUUGGAUUUUAAUAAUCAGCGCAUCGUUAAUACUGAUUAUUAUCAUUGGCUUCGGGUGGAUCAAACCAUCCGUUCUUGGUUGUUUGCCACUCUUACUCGUGAUGUAUUAACUGAUGUUCAUGAUAUUAAACACUCCUUUGGUAUAUGGGCGCGGUUGCAAUCACGUUUUAUGUCUGCCAGUUUACCUAGAGCUAUGGAACUCAAACGUUUAUUGUCUAAUACCAAAAAGAAACCAAAUCAAUCUAUGGAAAGCUAUUUGCGUGAUAUUAAAAAUCUGACUGAUGCUUUAGCUGCGACAAAUUCUCCUGUGACUGAUAAAGAAUUACUUCAAAGCACACUUAGUGGAUUGGGACCGGAAUACAAGUUUGUUACAGGCACUGUGUCCUUAUUUCCUGAGAGCUUUCCGCCCGACAUCCUUCACCCACGCCUCAUGGAAGCAGAACAACAAGUCCUACAUCAACAACAACAAGAUGCUUCUUCCCUCCAGCAGGCAUUUGGGGCUCAAGUAGGUGCCGGUCAGCAGGGUCAAGGUGCCGCAUAUCGCGGCAGAGGCCACCGCGGCAGAGGAGGCCGGGGUUACCGCGGUAGAGGAGGCUGGGGUUACCGCGGCAGAGGCGGCAGGGGCCGCAAUCGGCCACAGCAGGCUUAUGCCCCACCGGCGGCUCACGGCCAGUUCCACCAGCCCGCACCGAGGCCUGCGGAUGCAGGGGGUGUGCAUGUUCCACGACCUCCUAAUGCAGCAUCUGGUAAUUCUGUCUUGUCCAAUUUAAAUAUUAAUGCUAAAUCUACUUCUGGUACUCAUAAUGCAUAUGCAGGUUUUCCAUCAGCUGAGGGUAUUCUUGGGUCUGUUCCACCUCCGGUUGUCUGCCAAAUUUGUUUUUCUGCAGGUCAUUCCGCUCUUCGGUGUCCCUCUCGAUAUUCACAACCUUCUGCACCAGCUCUUUUGGCUCCCACUGGGGAAUCUAAUGAUGCUUUGUGGUAUCCCGAUUCUGGUGCGUCUGCUCACAUGACCUCCUCAGAAGGUAUUUUGUCAAAUAAAUCUUCUUAUUCUGGCCCUAUGACUGUUAGUGUUGCAAAUGGUGUCAAUCUUCCCAUAGCUAAUAUUGGAAAUAUUCAGUUAAAUACUCUCAGUCGUCCUUUUUCAUUAAACUCUGUUUAUCAUGUGCCUCAAAUUAAAUUUAAUUUAAUUUCUAUUCAAAAACUGUGUGCUGAUAACAACUGUAUUGCUAUUUUUUUAUCAAAAUUCUUUUCUUGUAAAGGACAAAAUUUCGGGGGCGGUUCUGCUUCGGGCACAUCAUAAUGGACAUCUCUACCCUAUCAGCCUCAGCCACUCUGCACCUCUAGCUUUAGCUUCUACUAUUUCUUCUGGUCCUGUGUGGCACCGUAGAUUAGGACAUUGUGGUGAAAACAUUUUGCGCAUGUUGCGUACUAAAAAUAUUAUUUCUGCUUCUUCUGGUUUUGAUCAUGACUGUAUUUCUUGCCGUUUGGGCAAAUCACAACGUUUACCUUUUCCUGAUGCUAGUCAUAAUUCCUCUUUUCCUUUGCAAUUAAUUCAUUCUGAUGUGUGGCAGUCUCCUGUUCUGUCUAAUCUAGGUUUUAAAUAUUAUGUCUAUUUUAUUGAUGAUUUUUCUCGUUUCACUUGGUGGUACCCAAUGCGUACCAAGGAUGAAGUUUUUAGUCAUUUUCGUGUUUUCAAGGUUCUAGUUGAAAAUUUAUUUAAUUCUAAACUUAAGAUUUUUCAAAGUGAUGGAGGGGGUGAGUUUGUCAAUUUUCAAAUGCAGCAAUUUUUCUCUGAGAAUUGGAUUUAUUUUCAAAAAUCUUGUCCCUACACUCCUCAACAAAAUGGUGUUGCUGAACAUAAACAUCGGCAUCUACUUGAACUAACUAGGACUAUGCUUAUUACUACCUCUAUUCCUAGCACCUUUUGGGUUGAUGCUAUUUUUACCGCCGUUUACAUUGUGAACAGACUUCCCUCUACCACUCUUUCUGGUCUCUCACCCUACGAAAAACUUUUUCAAAAAUUGCCCGAUUAUAAUUUCUUACGUGUUUUUGGUUGUGCAUGUUAUCCUAAUUUUUCUGCAUCUUCCUCCAAUAAACUUUCUCCUCGGUCUAUUCAGUGUGUCUUUAUUGACUAUGCAUCCGGUUUUAAAGGUUAUUGUUGUUUGGAGCCUAGAUCUGGUAAAGUUUUUAUAAGUCAGCAUGUCCGGUUUCAUGAAAAUAUUUUUCCAUACACCACUUUGUCUUCUUCUACAUCUGCUUCUACAGAUUCCUCCACGUUCACUGAUUUUUAUCUCACCACCACUACCCCAAACUCACCUUUAGCUUCAUCCUACUCCAGUCAUAUUGACCUGCCUUCGGCUGCUCCCAUUCCCUCUUCCCAGACUCUCGCUAGCACUACCUCACCACCACACACUCUUCUAGACCACACUCCACAUCAGCCAGAGCAGCCCUCACACCAACUCACAUAAGGAUGGCAAUGGGGGCGGG